AUGGACGUAGAUAAUGUAAAAUUACAUGUGCACUCCUUUAAAUAUAUGGGAUCUAUAUUGGAACCUAACGGCAGAAAUGAAAUAGAAAUUUCUGCAAGGAUAGGAAAGGUAAACAACUUGUACUAUGCGAUGAGUGAAGGUUUUAUCAAUAAAAAAGAUGUCGACGAAAACAAAAAUGACAGUGUAUAA